GUUGCCGUGGUGACGCCCCGCUGGUCGGAAGUAGCGUCGGGAGGGGCGGGGCGCCGCUUCCGGGCACGCUGUUGCAUCAGCUCGCGGGCGGCGGGAGCAGGAGGAGGAGCGGGAUGGCAGCGCCCGGCGCCGAGCAGGCUUCCAGCUACAGUUUUAUUCUGAGCAUUAGUGAAGAGGAAGCCAGGGUGAAGGCUUUGAAUGAGUACCUGAGCACUCGUAGUUAUAUCCAGGGGUUCACAUUUUCACAUGCAGAUGUGGAGGUAUUCAGAAAGUUUUCGGGGCCACCUGUGGACCAGUAUUUCCAUGUUGUCCGGUGGUACAGACACAUAGAAGCAAUCUAUGAUGGCAGCAGUGAAAAAAAUGAGCCUUGUAAACUUCAAACAAGUAAAGGCAAGCGUAUGCAGCCUCACUGGUCUCCCCCUGAAGGGACAAAACAUUCUAGACUCUGCCUCUAUAACAGCCUGACUCGCAAUAAGGAAAUAUUUCAGCCUCAGAAUGGAAAAAAGGUCAUGUGGUAUUGCUGUGGUCCGACAGUAUAUGAUGCUUCUCACAUGGGACAUGCCAGGUCAUAUAUCUCAUUUGAUAUCCUGAGAAGAAUCUUCAGGGAUUAUUUUAAAUUUGAUGUUUUCUAUUGUAUGAAUAUUACAGAUAUUGAUGAUAAGAUCAUCAAGAGAGCAAGACAAAACUACCUUUUCGAACAGUAUAGGGAGAACAAAGCGACACCAGCUCAACUACUUGAAGAUGUUAAAACUGCCUCAGAGAUCUUUUCGGUUAAAUUAAAUGAGACAACAGACCCAGAUAAAAAGCAGAUGUUGGAAAGAAUUCAGAGUGCAGUGAAGUCUGCUUUUGACCCUCUAGAAGAAGCUGUGCAUGAGAAACUCCCCACAGAAGAGAUCAACAGAUAUCACGAGAUACUGUUGGAACAAGCAAAAGAUUUGCUCUCUGAGUGGUUAGACACAAAAUUUGGCAGUCAGGUGACUGACAAUUCCAUAUUCUCUAAGCUCCCCAAAUUCUGGGAAACAGAAUUUCAUAAAGACAUGGAAGCUCUCAAUGUUUUACCUCCUGAUGUUUUAACACGGGUUAGUGAGUAUGUUCCAGAAAUUGUGGAAUUUGUUAAAAGGAUUGUGGAUAAUGGUUAUGGAUAUGUGUCCAAUGGAUCUGUAUACUUUGAUACUAUGAAGUUUGAUUCCGCUGAGAAACACUCCUAUGCUAAGUUGGUUCCUGAAGCUGUAGGUGAUCAAAAAGCUCUUCAAGAGGGUGAAGGUGACCUGAGUAUCUCAACUGAUCGCUUGAAUGAGAAGCAUUCUCCAAAUGAUUUUGCUUUGUGGAAAUCCUCCAAGCCAGGAGAGCCUUCAUGGGACUCUCCAUGGGGAAAGGGCCGUCCAGGUUGGCACAUUGAAUGUUCUGCAAUGGCUGGAUCCAUUCUAGGAGAGUCGAUGGAUAUUCAUGGAGGAGGGUUUGAUCUCCGUUUUCCACACCAUGACAAUGAACUUGCACAGUCUGAGGCAUACUUUGAAAAUGAUCACUGGGUUCGAUAUUUUCUACAUACUGGCCACUUAACAAUUGCUGGCUGUAAAAUGUCCAAAUCUUUAAAAAAUUUUAUUACCAUAAAAGAUGCACUGAAAAAGCAUACAGCACGGCAGUUACGGUUGGCUUUCCUCAUGCACUCUUGGAAGGAUACACUGGACUAUUCGAAUAAUACCAUGGAGUCAGCUAUUCAGUAUGAGAAGUUUAUGAAUGAAUUCUUUUUAAAUGUGAAGGAUAUUCUUCGAGCUCCCACUGAUGUGACAGGCCAGUUUCAGAAAUGGGAAAACCAGGAAGCAGAACUGAACAAAAAUUUUUACGACAAGAAGGCAGCAAUUCAUGAAGCACUGUGCGACAAUAUUGAUACUCGCUCUGUCUUAGAAGAAAUGCGUUCAUUAGUCAGUCAGAGCAACUCCUAUAUUGCUGCAAAGAAAUCUUCCAGACAAAUGCCAAACAGACUUCUUUUAGAAAACAUCAGUUCCUAUCUCACUCAAAUGCUAAAGAUAUUUGGUGCCAUAGACCAUGAUGAUGCAAUUGGGUUUCCUGUUGGUGGAAAUAGUCAACACAUAAAUAUUGAAUCUACAGUGAUGCCAUACCUACAAGUCCUUUCUGAGUUCAGAGAAGGAGUGCGACGAAUUGCCAGAGAGAAGAAAGUAACUGAAGUGCUACAGUUGAGUGAUGCUCUUCGAGAUGAUGUCCUUCCUGAACUGGGUGUUCGAUUUGAAGAUCAUGAAGGGCUGCCAACUGUGGUCAAAUUAGUGGAUAAGGACACAUUAUUGAAAGAAAGAGAAGAAAAGAAAAAGCUUGAAGAAGAGAAAAAAAGGAAGAAAGAAGAAGCAGUCAGGAAAAAACAAGAGCAGGAGGCAGCAAAACUGGCAAAGAUGAAGAUUCCACCACACGAAAUGUUUAAAUUGGAACAUGACAAAUAUUCCGUGUUUGAUGAAAACGGAUUUCCUACCCAUGAUACAGAAGGCAAAGAACUCAGCAAAGGACAAAUUAAGAAGCUGAAGAAACUUUAUGAAACCCAAGAAAAGCUAUACAAGGAGUAUCUACAAAUGGUUCAGAAUGGAAGUGCAAAUUGACAACAACAGGACUUUUUUUUAAAAGGCGAGUGCUGGGUCACCAUAGUGAAAGAGAGCAUGUACUGAUGCUCAUCUCUCUGUUUACACUUUCUAUUAUGUGCAAAGUAAAAAUCCUGUUUACAUGGAUUAGUAAUGUCAUCUGGAAAGUAAAUAAAAAUCCAUUCUUAAAAAAAAGCCAACCUCUAAUAAGUUUCUUUGCAACAACAGUGGCAGAUUGAAUGGUUGCCAGUUCUAUUUGGGAAGAUGCUGCUCAGUCAGCAAAUCCACACAAGGUUUCUUGUUGAGUAUAACUAUCCAGGCUUCGGUUAAUUUGUCCUGCAUACCGAUCUCUAUCUAUCUAAUACCCAAUGUAGCUUGCGCUCUGGAAUAUGUCACAGUAAGCAAAACUUACUACUAAAUGGAAGCUGAAUAAUUUGUCCCACAGUAAGACUAGUAAGUAUUUUCCAGAUGAUUUUAAUAUCGUUAUGUAAGCAGGAAAAAAUGAGUAGUUCCACUAUGAUACUCUAGCUGCUGUUGUUAAAAACUCUCGUGUAUAACCAGGACAUGCUACAUAAUAGAAGGAAACAGUCCCUUCCAUAGGUCUAGACUACAGAAGUCCAGACUUACUUGCAGAAGGGGACAGAUCAUCAUCAUCUUGCUCAACUUACAGUUGCAGUCAAGCGGGUAGCUACAAGGAAGAUGUACCUGCGUUGAACAAACAGGUGGGGAAAACAUGAGGAGCUAUGGGCAGAGGAUGCGUUCUUGGAGCUGUUGCCUCAGGGAGUAAAAGCACUGCCCAAAGACAGAGGACAGUACCCAAUUAUCUAUUCAGAUGCAAGGGGAAGUAACAGAGGGUUGCUAACUGAGAUACAGUUUGUAGAUUGGCUUGCAACUAGGAAGUAUGACCAUAUGUCACUCAUUAGUCGAGACUGAUUUUGACAUGACAGUUUAACCAAGGACAGCUCUGUGUUGCUUAAUAAUAAAUUUCACUGGCAGUACCUACUACCCUUUAGUUAUGAAAUCGUACAAAAUAUCUCACCCACUUCACAACUGCGUAACAGCUAAGUACCCAACAUGCAAAAUGAUAUUCAUCGCAUAUUCUUAAGCCUCAAGAUGACUCACAAAAGGUCAAAUGGUGAGUCAUUGUAAGAACUGUGGUACCUCUGUUCUCACAACUCUUAGGUUCAUGCUUAUAACCAUUAGGCUAUGUUCCUUUCCCUAAUUAAGAAUUAUAAACAUUUUUGCUUUCAGUUUAUCUUAAUAUAUGUCGUCUUAAGUAUCAAGAUGUACAGAUUUGGAGAAACAGAAAGGCCUAAUAAUUUUUUGUCUAGUUUCCUAGAAUUUGCCUUUGAAAAUAUGUAAUGGUGAGGUCAGAAAAGCACAUGCAUCUUGUACACUGAAUAUAAAAUCUGCAGUAAAGUGUAAGUGCAUGUGACCUUUGAGUAGUAGAAAGAAAACAGAGCUUAUUUCACAACCAUCUUUGUAAAGUGUAUUUUACAGAACUUUUCUUCUUGCCAUUACUAAAAUGAUCAAAAACAUUUAAUUUUUGCAUUCAAUAUUUGAUGUAUUCUGCUGAUUUCUGAUUAAUUGUAUAAGCACUUCUUUAAACAGUACAAUGGUAGUUAAAAAGCCAGCCACAACUAAGUGGGCAACUUCUCCAUCCAUUUGGUCUAUGAACCUAAGAGGAUUAGUUGCAUUUGUGCACCAUUCUGGAUUCUAACUCCUUGCAUAUUAUCAGCUCAUUGCUUGUGAACGUUCUCUGUAUUUGUUAUAGGUAACGUGUUGGUCUCUGCACUGCCCUGUAUUCUUUUUUAUUUCAUGCCUAACAUUUAAUCUCUCCUCAAGCACAGAUCCUAUGUUGUUUCCCCAAGAUGCACGUGCACUCAGGAUAUCCAUGAAGGUAUGGGAUGUGCCUAGGCAGAUCUAGUUACAGGAUGCUGCUUCUCGGCCAGAUGAGUUAUCCCACUGGAGACUCCCUGCUGUCCUAGCUAGAUUCCAGAGCUGGUUCUGCAAACUAGGACAGUAGGAGUGCUAAACCUGAAUCAUCUCUAUCCUCAGCAUAGACUUCACUGAGGUUAACUACCUUCCUGAACAUGAACUACUUUUGAAAUUGCUACUUAACUUGAAGUAGUGACAGUAAUUUCCUUACAGAAAUUCCUUUUCGGUGAGCUGAGUUAGCACCUGCUUACCAAAAAUGCAGCUGAACCUAGUUAGCACAUAACUAUGAGGAAGAUGACCCUGUUAAUCCAUUGGUCUCCUGGAUUCUAAUUUCCUUACAACAUCUCUCUGAUAUUGUCUUGUGGUAUGUCUUUUUCUCCUCCUGCUAUGUUCCUCGGGGAACCUCACCCACCCAGUGGUUUAUCUACUACAUCAGUUUAGAGGAAUUUGAAAAAAUGUCUUUUUUUUUUUCCCUUCCCAACUGCUUCCUUUUGUUUCUGGGAUAACUUUCCUUGCAUAUGUCUUAUGAGCAUUUCAAACUCGCAGUCUCCACAGCUUAUCCUGUGGUCUUUGCUUCUGUAUGCUUCCUAAAGACACACUGCUUUCUUCCUUGAUACCUGUAACUCCACAGUUAGUCAUGUCCCCCAAGCUCAGAUAAAGUCUCUGUCAUAUUUACUCUCCCAUUAAGGUCAUAUUCUACCUGCAGUAUUAUUUAGCUCAGGCUUUCCUUCUGUGUGUUUCAUAGGCUCACAGUUUGAUUGUUUUGAACUAAGAUGAUUUGAAAGAAUCCUUAUCUGACACAUCAGUGCCACUAAAGUCAUCUCUCUGUUCUGCUACAGUACACACUGUAUUUCCCUGUCUUCGAAUUGUUUUUGCACACAAUCAUGUUUCUUGAAUUCACUGGGAUUCUCUUCAUAGAUUUCGAAAGGAUUAGAGCCUUUGAAAUCCUCUCCUUUUCAGACCUAUCUUCAGUGUUGUGUGAUCUCUGUUCCUCCACAUUGCUACUUACUCUCCUCUGCUUUUUAGUGUUUUGCCAUUCUGUUCUCUCCUUUUUGAAGUUGCCUCCUUCAAGAAAGCUUCUCACUUGACUCCUUCAGCAAUAAAGCUCUCACAGCUGCCCAUACUUGAACUGUUCUUUCCAUACUUGAAUGUUCUGCUAUUUAUGAAUUUCUCUUCCUCCAUGUCUGUUGUCCUUGGAAGACAGCAUUAGGAGCAAGGAAAAUGUCUGCUUCAUGAAGCAUCUGUGAGUCAACAGGCCUAAGCAUUGUCUACUAAAAAAUUUAAGUGCACGCAAAUUGCUCACUCCAGUAAAGGGGCUGCUAAAAUGGCUCACCUUGAUACAUAGACAAACAGGAAAUUACUUCAUUCUCCCCAAACAAAAUGAGACUUUUGCCCAAGUAUGGAGUUCCUUUUUCCAAAAGCAGCAAGUGAAUCAGAAAACAAUGACCUUGGCAAAGAAUCAGAAAAACAGAUUAUGUCUCGUGGAGUUUGUAUCAAAACACAAGCUCCAGAACUACUUCAGAUCAGUUAUUAUGAUUCUCUCAGCAGCCACGGUUUAGCAGAAAAUAGCACGCACAAUGUCCUGGCAAAGGAAAGCUUGUUAGCAAGCAAAAGAAUAUUGCAAACAGUUUAGAUGCACACUGUUUAAGCAAACUUUCUGGAAGUAGGUGCGUCAACUGAUCUAUGCAAUCAUUGAAAUGCACAGCACAGUGCCUCCUUCCUGGCAAUCCAUCAAGGUGUCACUUAAGUGAAUUCCACUGCACUGGCUUAGUGAGAGUGACUUGGCAGCCAGAAAAACAAAGUGCAACAGCAGCAGUCUGCAUUCAGUGUCUUAGUCCACUGUCUCAGCAAAGAAAAGGGAAAGGACAGGCUCUACUGUAUUCUAAAAUUUUUGAUUAGAUAGUUAAUAUGUGUGUGUGUGUGUGUGUGUGUGUGUAUAUAUAUAUAUAUACACACACACAUACUGAAGGAAUUGUGUGUGGAAUAUGAUUUUUUUAAGCUUUAAGAAAAUAAUAAUCCCACAGCAGUGAAGUCUUGGAAUUUUUUUAAUGUUUUCUGGAACAUACAUGCACAGCUUGUUUUGGUCUGUACAAAGUGAAGCUUUCUAUUUUCCCCACACAGUUUUCUGGUUCUCUCUAAGAUUCUUUUCAUGAUUACUGUAAUUUUUCUCACUAAUAAUUAAAUAGCCACUUUUUUUUCUUUCUUUCUUUCUUUCUUUCUUUUCUUUUUUUUUUUUUUUUUGAGCUGAUAAACCAUCUUUUUUUAAGCUGCCAUCUUUUGAGAUGUGCAAAUAUUACCAUCCUUUCCCGGGUGAUUUCUGUCAUUCAGCUGGGCAUCAACAACUGAUUUUGAGUGCUCAACUCAAAGUCCUGUUAAAUAAAUCUGAUCUCCGGAUAGGGAAGAAACUUCCAUGUUUUAUGAUCAUGCAGAUAUAAACUUACAUGUCCCAACACUGAGGCCUCCUCAGCCUAAUAGGUCACUUCUGGAAAGGUAUCUUGCCUUAACCUCUAAAAACAAUCAAUGUUUGUGACAAGUGAGCCUAUGAUAAUAAACAGCUUGAAUUAAGGGGAAGUUGCAAAGCUGGUAUCUCAAACAAUCUCUCCUCUCCCCCUCCCCAAAACUCCUGCCUGCUUUAUCCAGAUCUUAAAUGUAUUUUACAGUUACUGAUUUUUUUUUUGGAGGGGGGGUAGGGCGAGGAGAGGGAGUGAUACUAAUGUUUGACUAGAGGACUGCAACCUCAGUAUUCUUUGAAGUUACUUUGAAGUUAUUAUUAAUGUUACUUAGUUAACUGGAAGUGGGAACAAUCAUGGUUUUUCCAUGAGUCAUUUUGUAAGAAUAAUUUUUUAAAAAGUUUCUCAUGGCUGUGCAUUAAAAGCAUAUAGUACCUUCCUCCUCAAUAUAUAUUUAGUAAUACUUACCAGUAUCUCCAUGUUGUGAUUAUGUACCUACACUGGAAUAAGCUUAAGGUAACACAGUGCUUUAUUUGACACCUGUUUUCCAUAUCAGAAACUAAUUAACACAGCUGUGUAUGUUCUCUCUCUGAAGUCCAGAAAACCAAACCUCUCUUUGGGCUUCUUUUGUUGAUGCUGGAAGUCUAUUAAAAAAUCAAAUGCAUUAUUGCUGAGGGCAUCAGUGUUUUGUAGGUAAACAUUUAUUUUAUGGUGGUACCAGUGACCUGCUGAUUAUAGAUUGCUACAUCAUCAUCAGCCUAAACCUUUCAACAAGAUACAAAUGUAAAAAUUGUUGCUGCAAUAACCAAAUUUUGCUGCCGUAUUUAAUAUUGCUCAGACAGAAGUCAGACACCAAUAGUGCAGAACUGCGUAUUGUCAAGAUAAUUUGAAACAUUAUCCCACAAGGAUCUUUCCUGUCCUCCUCAAAAACUGCUUCCUACCAGUAUAGUGUAUAGGAACAAAGUAAUCUCAAAUAUGUAUGCACUAACACUACCAUGCACCUCUGAACGCUGAGGAUUGUGCAAAUCUGGGUUUUGUCAGGAGGAAGUACUUGGCUAACUUAGUAAACCUGUCAGGGCUUACCUUGUUUGUAACCUUGAGGGGACAGAUACUGGAUAGAAGUUAACAUAUGAAGAAAGACUGACUAUCAGAGAAUUCAUUCAGACGCAGCAAGGCAAGGUAAAAUGUGUGGUGUUUCUGAUUUUAAUUGCAUCCUUUCUGUGAAGUGCUGAAGGCCAAACUUGGAAGCAGCAAAUAUUAUUUCUGUGUUUUGCUCUGCAUGCCUUUUAGCUUUUCGAGAGCUGUGAAUACUGCUGCACCAUGAGAACAAGUUCCUCCAUCAAGCUUCCAAACACACUACUCUAUCACUCAGUAUGUUUGGAUACUGGUAGAAAAAUCUGUGAAUAUCUGAUCCGGUCUUACUACCACCAGUCUUCAUUCUUUACAGAGACAUUUAAACCAAGUCCCUAAUUACAUUUAAGAUAUUCUCUUUGAUCUCUUUUUCCUAAUGUUUAUAUUUGCUUCCCAGCUUUCUGGGAACACACAGAUGCAUUUUAAAUGUGCCAACCAGCAAAUCUCUGCCACGUAUAAUACAUACCUUUGGCUUCUUUCUCUGCAUUUUAAGCUAUGCUUAAACACUUUAAGGUGGUGGUGCUUGUUCAAACAACUUUAGCUUCCUCUUUAAUUACACAAUUUCUGCCACACAGAUGUGGAAAGGAACUUUUAUUCCUCCUGGUGAUUUCACAGAGCACUUCCUAUACAGGACACUACCACAUACAUAUUACUUAACAUAUCUCCUGACAUUGAACAAAUUAGUUAAGAAGUACAGAAGCUAUUUAGUACGAAGACUCCAGUUAGCAAUGAUCAAAGCACUUCUUGUCCAAAAAGAGUCACAGACAAAUUAAAUCUUAUCUCUCAGAAUGGGUUGUGAAUGUCUGGCAUCUCAUUCAGUGAAACCGGUUUCCAUUAAUGCCCACCUAAGGGCAGAACACCCAGCUGUUUUAAUGCCAGUUACAGAUCUCAGCCUCAGCUUUCUCUCUAAAAACAGGUGUGUCUAGUAUAUCUGUUCUGCAGCUCUGCCAUAAUCCCUUCUGUUUCUGUUUUGGUUCCCCAAGCUCUCCUGUAUACUAGCCUGGAUGUUUAAAUCAAGCCAGGGUGAUUCAGCAAAUAUCUUUUUGCAGCUCUCUGCAGGGUAGGAGCACCUGACAGCAAGAUGACUCCACAGAUUGUGCCUCAGUCACAGUCCUAAAGUCUAGUAUGGUCCUGCAGGAGGUUAGACAAGAGUCAGCAAAAAUCCCUCAUUGAUCACGGAGGAUUUAUGUCUUUGGAGAAGGGCACUAAAAAUCCCGUGGAUUCGAAGUAGUUUAAAUGUAUUUUACUUCAACAUGUAUCAAUGAAUGAAGAGAAAAAAUACUUCCAGCACUCUGGCCUGUUUCAAGGCUUGAUAGUUGGUCCAGAAGAAAGCAAAUCUAUUUCUACAAGAUCAUCUGAAAUAUAACUUAUUUCAGGGUUUGCAGCAUUUACGAGAAUAACUGCAUUAACAAGCACUAGCACAGAGGCUGCAGUAUUGCAACUAAUAAUCUGAACAGGACUGCAGUGUGUUCCUGCACUAGCAGGAAUGAGCAGCUACAUCACAUACUCAAGCAAAGCUUCCUAAAUCUUCAUACAGAACAGUAUCUGACUCCAAGCUUCUUUUAGGGAGUAAGGCAGAAAGAGCUUUUAACAAAUAGAGAUUAGCAAACAAACAAAACCAACCCUAAAAGAAUACUUGACAGCUAUGAAUCAGCAGCAAGAACAAAAACUUCAAGUAUGAAUACCUUCGGAUAAAUCUUCCUUUCAGAGUUCAUUAUAGUCUUUUAUGGAAGAAUGAGAAUUAACCAUAACUUAACCACCAUGAAUGGAUUUGUGCCAAAAUAAAGGUAAUGAAAGUAAGAAGAGGCUGUUAACUUCUUGAUGUUAGAAAAAGGAUUGGUUUGGAUAGGCAAGGAAAAAGAGGUGGGAGCAAAUGUUAGACCUGCCACUGAGCAUGUCCUUGAGCUGGCCAAAUCUGCUUGUUUGUGCUACUGACUCCAAAAUUCCUGCAAUUCUUUAGCUGUUUGGGUGUUAUUUCAUAAUUACUUUUUUCUUUAAUUAUAGUAUUGGUACCUACUUUUAAAUGAUGAUGAAUAAAUUAUUCCUAUUAAAUUCCUGCAAUAACAGAAUUAAUCCAAUGUUAAUGUAGUGAUUAGUUGUUAAUUAUCAGUCCCAUAUUUUCAAUGUUUUAUCAGUGAAACAAUUGUGACACUAAACCCGGGAAAUUAAUUACCGAAAUCCAUGACUAUAUUAGCAGACCUGUAGAAUUUUUUUUUUUAGAAUAAGGAAUCUACUGAUACAAUAAAGAGUUAAUGUUUUCCUAUCGA